CAAACGGAUAUCAGCAGCUGAUAUGGUACAGCUAGAGCUUGGAGCGAAUUAGGCGCCUGAAGCUUAUUAAGCGCCCGACAUGGUCGGUAUGCUCAUUGCUACCACGUAGCGUACUUUGAGCCACGAAAAUAUCCUAACUGUUCUUAUGCACGUCUCUGGCUGAUACUCGACACCUUCAGGUAUUGCCUUCUGUGGCGAUGCUUCAACUUGAUAAAAAGAAAGCUACGCCUGCUCUGUCUUAACAUGAAAGAUCUCGAUAAACAGUGGUGGCUGUUUAUCAGCGUUCGCUCCGUUGCUGGUGGUAUGCAUCAAGGUCACGCAUCCAAUUCCAUCAGUAACUCCAAGGUCGCCGUUCUGCGACCCAUGCCCCACCAGCGUCUUGCGCGCAAACCUACGCAACCUCGUUCGCUCCCGUUCUUCUACCAUUCCUGGUUUCCGGCAAUGUAGCUGGUUCCCGCUUGUCUGGAGCACACGCUUAACCCUGGAUCCCCCGCAAAUCCAUCUCUCUUGCACGCUACAACAACCAUGACGGGUGGAGCAGCAGUGGUCAGCUCUGAACAAACCACCUUCGCUCAUCUCAUCGAUCCUCGCAGGAAAUGGUACAAUAAUAAGCGGCUGAUUGUACUACAUGCGUGGAUCGUUCUCCUGUUGAUCACGUCCUCAACCAACGGUUAUGAUGGGAGCAUGAUGAACGGACUGCAGUCCCUCGCCCAGUGGCGAGACGCAUUCGACAACCCCUCAGGCGGGAAACUGGGCCUUCUCAACGCCAUCCAGAACAUUGGCGCACUCGCCGGAUACCCAUUCGCGCCAUACGUCUCUGAUGGCAUUGGCCGCCGCAAGACUGUCUGGUUCGGUGCGACCAUCAUGCUGGUCGGCACUGCACUGCAAACCGCGUCGCAGUCCGUGAACAUGUUUAUCGGCGCGCGCUUCCUCAUCGGCUUCGGGCUGACUUUCUCUGCGAACGCGGCACCUAUGCUCGUCACCGAGAUCGCGUACCCGGUGUAUCGAGCACCGCUGACGUCGAUGUACAAUGGACUAUGGUACUCUGGGUCUACCAUCGCGGCUUGGACCACUUACGGUACCCUUCUCAUUGGCUCGACCUGGGCAUGGCGCCUGCCCUCCCUCUUACAAGGCCUCCCCUCGGUCCUCCAAUUCAUCCUUGUCCUAUUCGCACCAGAGUCUCCCCGCUGGCUCGUGAACAAAGGCCGCGAAGCUGAGGCUCUCGGGAUGCUCGCGUACUACCACGCAGACGGAAACGAACAAGACCCACUCGUGCAGUACGAGUUCGAGGAGAUCAAAGCUGCCAUCACGCUCGACCGCGAAGUUUCGAAGAACGUCGGAUGGAAGACGCUUAUAGCGACGCCGGGGAAUCGCAGGCGCAUGCGGAUCAUCCUUGCAAUUGCGUUCUUUUUGCAGUGGUCUGGCAAUGGGCUGGUCUCAUACUAUCUCAACAAGGUGUUCGACCAGAUUGGGAUUACCAGCUCCAGCACCCAGCUCCUUAUCAACGGUAUCCUCCAAGUCUGGAACCUCAUCUGGUCCGUCAGCGCUGCACUAUAUGUCGACCGUAUCGGUCGCCGCCCCCUCUUCCUCGCAUCGACGCUCGGGAUGCUCUUGUUCUACACCGCGCAAGUGAUCUGCUUCGCGCGAUACGCGCAGACGGCCGCGCCAGCCGCGGGCCACGCCGUCAUCGCGUUCAUCUUCCUGUUUUAUUCCGCAUUUAACCUCGCGUACAGCUCGCUCAUCGUGUCGUAUACGGUCGAGAUCCUGCCGUUCCAGCUGCGCGCGAAGGGGUUCAACGUGUUUCAAUUCACGGUGUCGCUUGCGCUGGUGUUUAACCAGUAUGUGAACCCGAUUGCGUUGCAGGCGCUUGGGUGGAAGUACUAUAUCGUGUACGUCUGCUGGCUGGCUGUCGAACUCGUCUUUAUCUACUUCUACCUCGUCGAGACCAAAAAUCGGACGCUCGAGGAGACAGCAGCGCUUUUCGACGGCGAGGACAAGAUAGAGAAGAUCGCACAUAAGGCUGCUCUUGGUGGUUCGGAAGGGGUGGAGCCUAGUGAGGUCCGCGAGGAUGUCUCCCCCGUGGAGAAGAAGGCUUAGGACUCUUGUGUUUGAUCGUGAGCCCUGACCUUGAUCGCACAUAUGCAGCCUCCUUCAUUUGGUAGCAAAUAUGUAUGAGUCGUCAUGUGUAAGCUAAUCGCUCGACGUCAUUGACUGCAGAGUGGAAAGGGAUUGUCCGCCUGUGCAUUGUGACAUUCACUAGUAAACAACUUGAA